AUGCUUAUCCGUCCCAACCAUGUAUCUUGCUGGCGGGCUGGUUCAUUCGCGGGACUGUGUUCCGUAAUCAUUCUUUACAUCUUCUUUGCACGAGGUCACAUCUCAACUCUCCAACCAUUUCUCUCCGCCGGCUCGGCCUUUUCUGCGAACUACCAGACUGACCUCAUCUCCUACUGGAAAGAGCUCGCGAGUUCCCUCGAGGACGCGCGCCCAGCAUGUCCUCCCAUCAACGUCACGACAGAGGAAAUGCCCAAUGAGGAUAGGAACUUUGAACCGCUCAAGAAAAAAGAGAGACCGGAACGUUUAUUUCUGCCCGCAGAAGAUGAGGCGGAGCUGAUGCGUGCACAUCGCCGUAUGCGCGUCGCAGCCCGACGCCUAGCACCGCUAUUACCAGUUGGAGAUGAGACCGGUAUCGUCACGACUGGCGGAUUGAAGCUAUUCCCUGUCUUGCUUGUAUCUCUACGCAUGCUUCGGCGGACAGGAUGUACGUUACCGGUUCAAGUUUUCCUCGGUGAUCAAAAAGAGUAUGAAGAAGUAAAGAGUAUAUGCGAGGAUGUGCUACCGAGUUUAAAUGCAAAGUGUCACGUCGUUGAAGAAGUCUAUUCGACAGCGGAUGUUGCUAUCGCGCCACCAGAGCACUUUCAAUUCAAAAUCCUCGCCAUUCUCUUCUCGUCAUUCAGACAUGUUCUUUUUCUCGACGCGGAUGCAUUUCCGGCACACGAUCCAACACCUCUCUUCAAUUCCCCACCAUACACAACCCACGGCCUCGUAACGUGGCCCGGAUUCUUCGCCAACACCGCAUCGCCGCACUACUACCACAUCGCAGGUAUCGCCGAACCGCCACCAAAUCGCGGCACAGAAUCAGGCCAACUACUACUGGACAAGAAGCACCAUGCUGAAAGUAUUCCCAUGAUGGUAUAUUACAACUACUUCGGCCCGGACUACUACUAUCCCUUACAAUCGCAGAACGGCCCGGGGCAAGGCGAUAAAGAGACGUUUGGAGCUGCUGCCGUGGCAGUGAAUGCGCCUUUUUACGGGCUGAAAACCCCCGUGUCAGCCCUCGGGAAUCAUGUCAAUGGACAAUACAUAUUCGCUGGAGCGGGCCAAGCAGAUCCCAUGCAAGAUUAUCUCUAUGACCCUCCGUAUCCAAACCACAUACAACCCGAAUACGAACGAAAUGAGGAGAAGAACCAAGUUAGAGCCUUUUUCGUGCAUACAGUGUCUCCGGAAACGAAACUCAACCCGCUGAAGCUUUUGCGCGAGGGCGGCGUGGCAUGGAAUGCAAAUGGGGAUUGGCAUAGGAUAUGGGGGAAGGAGAAGAACGUAGUGGAAAAAUUUGGGUACGAUGUGGAGAAAAGGAUGUGGGAGUGCGUGGAGGAGGAAGCGUGCAGGACGGAUCAGAACGUGUGUAUGGAGGUUAAGGCUUUCUAUGCGAAGGUGUUUGGGACGAUGCUGGCGAAAUAG